ACAUGUACAGUGAUCAUCAGGGCACUGAUGAUCAGUCCCCAGCAGUGCCACCUGUCAGUGUCCAUUAAUGCCAGCUGUCAGUGCCACAUAUCAGUGCCUACCAGUGCACAUUAAUGCCACAUAUCAGUGCUCAUCUGAGCUGCCUUUCAGUGUCACCUAUAAGUGCCAGUCAGUGCCACGUAUCAAUGACAGUCAAAUCCACCCAUCAGUGCCGCCUAUCAGUGCCGCCUAUCAGUGCCAGUCAGUGCCGCCUAUCAGUGCCCAUCACUGCAGUCUCAUUAGCGCAUAUCAGUGAAGGAGAAAUAUCACUUAUUUACAAAAUUUUAAAA